AUGCAUAUAUUUGUUUGUUUGUGCAUCGGACUUAGCUUAAUGGAAGAAGUGAACUGUUCGUGUCCUUCACAGUGCACCUGCCAUGAUUACAACAGACAUGAUGACUCUGGAUCAAGGUCCGUGCUUUGCAAUGACCUGGAUAUGAAUGAGGUCCCCAUGAAUAUCCCUGUGGAUACUGUGAAGCUUCACAUAGAGAAGACUGUCAUUCACAGAAUCCCUGCUGAGGCCUUCUACUACCUGGUGGAGCUUCAGUACCUCUGGGUGUCUUGCAACUCUGUGACCAGCAUUGACCCUAGGAGCUUUUACAACUUAAAGCAUCUGCAUGAGCUUCGCUUGUCUGGGAAUUCUCUGUCUGCUUUCCCUUGGGCAUCUCUGCUGGAGUUGCCCUAUCUGAGGACCUUGGAUUUGCACAAUAACAGAAUAACCAGUGUGCCAGCUGAGGCAACCAGGUACCUGAAGAAUCUCACCUAUUUGGACUUAUCCAGCAACAGACUAACCACACUGCCACCAGAUUUCCUGGAGAGCUGGUCACAUUACUCAGGUGAAACAACUUCUAGAAGUCUAGACCUUGCACUAAGAAGAAUUAUUCUUGUAAUUCAGGAAUCUCCAGGAGAAGGGAUCAGAUGGUCCAUAAUAAGCUUGACAGACAUUUCUUACAAGGAUGCUGGGGAUUACAAAUGCAAGGCCAAAAAUUCGGCUGGGAUGUCUGAAGCUGUGGUUACUGUGAAAGUGAUUGGUGUAGUCCCAACCACAACAUCAUCAGAAACAUCUGAAAGAAGAACUGGAGAUCAUCCUGAGCAAGAGAUCAAGUCAGGAUCUGGGAGAUCUGUAUCCAUACGUAGUUCAUUGUCAUCUCUGUGGCCCUCUUCCUCCUUAUCUUCUUCCCUUGUUCCUUCCAUUUCUCUUUCUACUUCUACUUUGUCUCCUCCCUUUUCUUCUUUCUCCGUAUCUCCUUUAAUAUCCUCCAUUGGUUCUUGGGCCACAACUCCAAACACUAGCAUUUCAGCAAGUGCUACCAUGGCCAGCAGGCACUCACUCCCACACCACCCAGAAGGGAAAAGAAACUUGAAGGUGGAGAUUUCGGGUGGAAGCAAGUUUUCUCCAGAUAGUGCAAGCAAGCAAGAAAAGGCGGCAUUAUUGGAUACAGCAAUGCCUACGGAGACAAAUGCCACAAUAGGAAACCUCACAGUACUUGGGCAGACUGAAGACAGUGUGACUUUGAUGUGGGAUACCAUUAAUACCACACGUAGCUCUGCAGUGACUGUUCUAUAUUCCAAGUAUGGUGAGAAGGAUCUGCUCUUGCUGAAUGCAGACUCCGACAAGAACCAAGUCACCAUAGAAAGCUUGGAGCCUGGCAGGCAGUACAUAGCAUGUGUGUGCCUGAAAGGGGGACUUCCCCAGAAAGACCAGUGUAUCACCUUUUCUAUGGACAGAGUUGAAGACGACGAUGAUUUUCAAGAGACUUUCCUAAUUGUGUUGGGCAGUAUUGCCUGUAUAGUUGUCUUGUUGUUGAUUUGUUUUCUGUUGUACAAAGUUUUCACACUUCAGUGGAAGUCAGAUUUUUUGAGGGAAGAUGAUCUGACCAAAGAGACUUAUAUCCAAUUUGAGACCCUGUCCCCUUGGUCUCAAAGUGUAGGGGUACUCUGGACACAAAGCUACAAAGAAGACUCGGAAAAAUUGCUGCUUUGCUCUAGGGCAAGUGUAGAAUCUCAGACGAUUCUAGAUUAG